CCUCAGCCCUCAUAAAGACGCGCCGCCGGCCGCCCGGGUUGGAGCUUUUCCUUUCUCUAUUCAUCUUUUCAUCGCUCUCAUCCAUCCGCCUUUCUCAUCAAUCGCAUCUCUCGAUCCCUUUGCUCUAACAACCCAACCUCUUCCAUCACAAUGGCCACUCUUCACUACCUUCCCCCCGUCAAGCCCUCGGCCGUCGCCCUCGGCACCGUCUACAACCACGUCGUGUCGCUGGGCGUGCUCGCGCCCGUCUUCGGCGAGUCGUACCGGCAAGCGCAGGCCGCGAACUCAAAGGAGGAGUUCUUCAAGUCGAAGGAGGCCGCUACGGCCGCUGCGUCGUGGGGCAGCAGCCUCGCGGGCUCGGCCCUGCAGGCCUACGGCGUCGGCGCCCUCAUCAACGCCACCGGCACCCUCUCCUACAAGGGCGCUGCCUACCUGGGCUCUCUGAUCUUCUUCGCUAGCGCUGCUCCCUCUGUCGUCUCGCAGCUCGUCACCGAGAAGCGCCCGCUCGACACCAUCGCCGUCGGCACCGUCGCGCGCCUGCUCGAGACUGUCGGCCUCUCCGUCUUCCUCACCUACUGGGGCACCCGCACCAACCCCUUCUCUUAAGCGCGCUUCUACACCGCUGAGAGCCGCAUGAUUUUUGCCGUGUCAUGACUUGACGAGUAAUUGCUCCUCUUUUCCCCCACCUUUCUAGUUUCGGGGCUUUGAUGAGGCGCCUCCCUGCCUUUUGGCGAGGGCUUAUGUACGCAUAAUUAAACGAAGACUGUACUGCUUGCU